UCGAUAAGGUAUACAGGAGGCUAUGCGCUGGCAUUUACAGAAAAACCGCGCACGCGGAUGCCGUUUCGGUUGAUGGUGCGAGUACGAACUACGUGCGGGUAAAAACGCUUCCCGUGGUAGACCGCCUGGCGCUCGUACAUGGAUUCUACAGACAGAAAGCCAGCCCAAACUUUGGAUUGGAAUGUAGAUUCGGAGGUGCAGUUGUUUCACGCAAUGAAAGGUCAUAAACCAGUAGGUGUCAACAGGUACUUUCAAAUGGCGUGCAUCCACGAGAAAUUCAGCGCAUCUCUAAACAAAGACAUAUCUUCGCAGACAAUAUGGGAUCACCUCGACACUAUGUAUGACAUGGCGGCUUUGCACGAGUCGGAAAUUCUUCCAUUUCCUAACCCUGACAAUGAGUUUGUGCUGCCUGAUAAUGAUUUCGGAGACCUGAUGUUCAAGCGUAAAGAGAAAGUUUCAGUUGACAAAGAAUCCAGCAAAAGAGCUCUAUCACCUGCUGCCAGAUCCUCCAUGGGUGGCAAAGUGCGCGUAGAUGACUGUUCAGCAUCCAAGAAGCCUGAAGCCACCGGUGGCAAGACGGGCAAAGGUGACUGGAAUGCAGCCAAGGUGCCCAAUGCUGGUGGCAAAAUAAGGCGUGGUGAAGGAGAGGCAGCUUCCAGGCCUGGGUGCAAGUCCUCAUUAGGCGUGGCGCCACGAAAAAGUGAUGUAGGCACACCAAAGCAUAAUGCUUCCUCUGUCAGCAAAGUUAAGCCAGAGCACGCGCAUGGCAAGGUAAAAAAUGACAGCACACCAAGCCACAAGUCUUCGCCAGCAUCAAGUAAUACCAAAGCACAGAAAGCUGAUACAAACACUACAAACAGCCAAAGUGUACCGAGAAUAAAAAGUAAGUCGGACAACAAGUCUGAUAGUAAGCAUCAAGACGGGAUGCACGACAAGCAGCACAAACAGCCCUUGACCAAAGCCAAAGGUGAAAGCAGAACAGAUGACCCUAAGGGAGAAAGCAAGGACCAUCCAAGAGGAGAGCCAAAAGGCGGAGGAGGGGCCAACACGUCAGCUGGGACAAAACCGUCUAAAGCAAAAGAACUGCCUGGGCGCAAAUCUGAAGGGAAAGGUAAAGCAGAGGACGACAACACUUCAGCAAAAGGUUCCUUCCGGCAGGUAAAAGAGGAGUUGCAAGAGACUACACCCAAGCGCAAACGCACCUCUCGAAUCGACGCUUCCAAGUCUGGCAGCUCGCAGGCCACGAAGUCAAGACGGAGGUGAUGCCGUCGGCAUCAAAAUGCUUUUUUUGCAUAGGCAUCAUAGAUUACGAGUGUAGAAAAUAUAUAUAUAUGUGUGUACAAAGUUGAAACAAUAAAGCUGCAACACUGUUUAGUGCUCACAACAA